CAGAAUACCAUCCCAAGUCAUCUCUCGCCCUCUCCACAACUCCGACAUUGUCAUCCAUCGCAUCUACAUCUCCACGCUCCUCAUCGGCACUCGCAACGACUUUUAACGGCCAACGUCCUCGCAAACGCGCUGCGCGCGGUUCACUUCAUCCUCCAUUCCUCCUCCGCAUUUCCAGCGGUUCCCUUUUGCCCUCCACCCUUCACCCUUGCACCAUCUCGCCGCAAUGACGGUCCGCUCCGCCGUCUUCGCGCUUGUCAUCGCGCUAGUCGCCCUUCUCACACCAGUCCAUGCAGUCAAGUUUGACUUGAUCGCCGGCGGCGGUGGUGAACACAACAGCGUUUGGAACUUUGCACCCGCAGACACCCUGGUGGUGGUAACGGCGAUUGUCCAGCCCUCCCCCGGAAUGCGCGUCGACAUGAGCAUUGUGGACGGUUCUGAGCAUGGGCGAAUCUACCAGACCAAGAAGGACUUGAAUGGCGAGACCCGUGUGGCGUUCACGACGCACGACGAGGCCGACCUCGGCGUGUGCUUCUCCAACCUGAUCGUCGGAGACACCCAGGGCAAGAACGCGCGCGCCGUCGAUCUCGACAUUGACAUCGGUGCCGAGGCCGUUGACUACAACGCGAUCGCAAACCACGAGUCGUUGUCAUUGAUGGAGGUUGAGAUGCGCAAGCUCGAGGCGGUCGUGCGAGAGAUCGUCGACGAGCUGGGUUACCUCCAACGCCGCGAGAUGAAGAUGCGCGACACCAACGAAAGCACAAAUGACCGCGUCAAGUGGUUCUCGAUUUUUAUCACGGUCGGCAUUGUCGCGCUCGGAGCAUGGCAGCUCAUCCACCUGCGGUCGUUCUUCAAGCGCAAGUAUCUCAUCGACUAGGCUGUUAUGACUACCGUGUAACGAGUUGGAGGAUGUGGAGCAGAG